UCCUGAUGGCCAACCGACUCUUCUUCCUCCUGAGCAUGUGCAAGAGUUAAAUCUGAGGUCCACCGGCAUGCUUAAUGCCAUCCAAAGAUUUUUUGCAUAUCACAUGAUUGAGACAUAUGGCUGUGACUACUCUACAAGUGGACUGACCUUUGACACCCUGCACUCCAAGGUCAAGUCUUUUCUUGAGCUUCGGACAGCAGACGGACCCAGACACGAUACCUACAUUUUGUAUUACAGUGGUCACUCGCAUGGCACUGGUGAAUGGGCACUGGCAGGAGGUGAUGCUCUACGACUUGACACACUUCUGGAGUGGUGGAGAGAGAAGAAUGGCACUUUCUGUUCUCGACUCAUCAUCGUUUUAGACUGCGAGAACUCUCAGCCUUGGGUUAAGGAAGUGAGGAAAGUGAAUGACCAGUACGUGGCAGUGCAAGGAGCAGAAAUGGCCAAGGUUGUAGACAUCGAGGAAGCUGACCCUCCGCAGCUUGGGGACUUCACCAGGCAAUGGGUCGAGUACAACUGUAACCCUGACAGUAACAUCAGCUGGUCUGAAAAGGGCCGCACGGUGAAAGCGGUGUAUGGGGUUUCAAAACACUGGAGCGACUACACUUUGCAUUUGCCAACAGGAAGUGAUGUUGCCAAGCACUGGAUGAUGUACUUCCCCCGUAUCACCUACCCGUUAGUACAUUUGGCAAACUGGUUUUGUGGUCUCAAUCUGUUCUGGGUCUGUAAAGCGUGUUUCAGGUGCUUGAAAAGACUGAAAAUGAGUUGGUUUCUUCCCACAGUGCUGGACACAGGACAGGGUUUCAAACUCGUCAAAUCCUAAUUAGCAACCAAAGAGAAAACAAAGCAAGAGCUCUGGGAACUUUCUCACUGUACUGUACUUACAACUUUUUAUAUCACGAUUUUUCUCUGAAAAAGUCUGGUAUGCUCACUUUAUUCAGCUCUUUGAGCCGCUCAGUAUAUGCAAGAGAUAGAAACUGCAGGCUAAAACAGAAGAGGGUAGGACUAUGAUACCAGAGUUUUGUUACUGGUCUGUAUGUACGUAUGUAAGAGACUUAUAUUUAAUAUGAC